AUGAUCCCCGGUAGAGGUCUCGUCCGUCCGGGCCAGGCUCUCGGACUACGAUUCGUGAGCCGAUCAAGACCCGCGACAUUACCAGUGCGACAGAUCAUCACGCCUGGAACCUUGAGGCUAUUUGGAAGCAGCCCCGGCUCGCGCAAUGCCAGGAUUUUCAAAGGCUCUCUCCUGGGGGCCUCAGGUGGUCUAGUCAGGGGCUCCUCGUUGACGUCCGCGACGGUUCUGUCGGCGGCACUUCUACCCAGACACAUUCGCUUCAACUCGACGCAACCGAUGCCCACGUCUUCUGCCGAAUCGGCUGGCCCCGUUAUUGAUGCUACUUCUAUUACACCCCUUGAUUUCGAGACCGGUUCCUCCCUUCUCAACAUGCCCGAGCAGAUUGGCUACCUACAUGCGCUGGGCCUCGACUUUGGCUAUGGCCCGACCUCAUGCCUGCAAUGGCUCCUCGAGCACGUCCAUGUCUAUAGCGGUCUGCCCUGGUGGGGCUCAAUCGCUGCUCUUACCGUUCUACUGCGCGUUGCCAUCUUUCGGCCGUCGCUCAAGGCCUCGGAGCACAGUCAGAAGAUGCAGGACCUGCGGAAAGACCCCCGGUUCAACGAUGCCUUUGCGCGCAUGCAGAGCGCCGGACGUCGCUCCGGUCCCCAGGCACAGGCGGAGAUGAUGGAGGCCCGUCAGACCAUGAGCGGUAUGCAGCGCGCCGCCGGCGUGCAGAUGUGGCGGACAUUCGUACCCCUGAUCAAUAUUCCCAUCGGUCUGGGUAUGUUCCGCCUGCUGCGGUCCAUGGCUUCUCUGCCGGUUCCAGGCCUCGAGGAGGGCGGUAUGCUGUGGUUCCAGAACCUGACGGUUCCAGACCCCUAUUUCAUCCUGCCCAUCGCCUCGGCAGCAACCAUGUUUCUCAUUAUGAGGCAAACGCUGCCUUACAUGGCGCCCCAGCAGGCUAGCAUGAUGAAGAUGAUCCAAUACGUGUUGACGCCUCUCUCCCUGAUCAUCACCGCCAACAUGGCGUCUGGCUUGCAGUUCUUCUUCUUUGUCUCCGGCCUCUUGCAAUACCUCCAGUCAUGGCUAUUCUACCAACCUUGGCUCCGCAAAUGGGCUAACCUCGGUCCGCCUCCCCGCCCCGAUGCCAACGCCUUGAACAUCUUUGCUUCGCCUGCCGCCGCCAAUCCCAGCAAACCAUCAACUCCGCAGACGCCUCUGAGUUCUGCCCAGACGCAAUAUAGGGCUCCCACCCGUGCCGCCGCCGGCGACCAGCAGGCCUCGACCGAAGCCCGCAUCGAUACCAAUAAUCCCAUCACCAAUGUCAAGAACACGGUCGGAAACUUGCGCCAACGGUUGACUAAUUAUGCCGACGGACAGAAGAAGGACACCGAGUACCAAAAGGCCCAGGACUUUGAGAAGAAGCGCGAGCUAGAGGAGAAGGAGAAAUUCUACCAGCGCAUGGAGGAACGCAGGCUUCGUAAGCUUGAAAAGAAGGGCAGGCAGUAA